UUCUCCAACACAGGCAGCAGAAAAGAACAUGUUAAAAUCACAAGUGAGUCCAAACCAGGGUUCCUGGAGAGGCUCAGCGAGACUUCUGGAGGCAUGUUGAUGGGACUUGUGACAUUUCUUCUGUCUUUCUACCUUCUUUUUACUAAUGAAGGACGAGCUUUAAGGACAGCCAAAUCUCUUGAUGAGGGACUUUCUCUUGUGAUCCCUCUUGAUAGCAUCCAGAGUGUGUCUCAGCAGAAUGAAGGGAGAUUGGUGCACUUAGCUGGUGCUCUGAGUACAUCUAAGCCUUUGUUUGAUCCCAGCUAUGGGCUGUCCAUCCAGGCUGUCAAACUUAAGCGUAACGUGGAAAUGUACCAAUGGGUAGAAUACGAAGAUUCCACGGAAUAUGAAGAGAAUGGUGAGAUUAAGAAAGAGACAAAGUAUUCAUACAAUACCGAGUGGAAAUCGGAAGUUGUGAACAGCAGAAACUUUGAUCGAGAAAUUGGACACAAAAACCCUAGUGCAAUGGCUGUGGAGUCUUUCACUGCUGUUUCUCCUAACGUCCAGGUUGGCAGCUUUGUUCUUUCCAAGGGUCUCGUGGAUAAAAUUGAUGACUUCAAGCAGUUGAGCUUGUCAAACCUUGAGGAUCCACAUGCUGAUGUUACUCGAGGAGGAGAUUACUUUUACCACAGCGAGAACCCCAGGCGUCCAGAAGUAGGAGACCUUCGUGUCUCGUUCUUCUAUGCAGGUCUGAGUGGAGAUGACCCCCAUUUGGGCUCUGCUGACAAGGUGACUGUGAUUGCUCGCCAGCGAGGCGAUCAACUGGUUCCAUAUCAUACCAAGUCUGGAGAUGUCCUGCAGAUUCUGUACCCUGGGGAUCUCUCUGUGGAGGAGGUGUUUCAGAAAGAGCAUGAGAGUAACACCAUGAAGACCUGGGCCCUCCGAGCAGCAGGCUGGCUGGCAAUGUUUGUAGGCGUCAGCCUAAUGACCCGAAUCUUUUACACUUUAGUGGACUGGUUUCCUGUUGUGAGAGAUCUGGUUAACAUUGGAUUAAAGGCAUUUGCCUUCUGCGUAGCCAGUUCGCUGUCGCUCCUGACCAUCUCCAUUGGCUGGCUCUUCUACCGCCCUCUCUGGGCUCUGCUGAUCGCAUUGCUCUCUGUGGUUCCAAUUGUGGUCGCAAGGUCUCGUGUUCCACUGAAGAAGCAGCAGUGAGGAGGAGGUGGUCGGGUUUUGCGCUGAAUCCUCGUUAGAAACUUUCCAAGUGCAUUUC